AUGGCCUCUCAAUCCUCCGCCUCGUCCUCGUCAGCACCAUCCACCGUCCCACAAGAUAUAGUUGCGAUAUUUCACGCUUCAUUCCAUCCGACUAAAGGAAACGUCGUCGACUGGUGUUUGAAAGUUGAUGAUAACUUGGACCUCAAUGGUGUCGAGUUCAGCUCAUUGCCCAGUGGAUUGCACACUGUAGAGCAUGAUGUCGUGUACUUCAACCAUCAUGGACAUACAGGCCUGUCCCUCUACCGUCGCCGACCCACGACAGAACAUGGCCAUCGUGGGUUCCGCCUAUCCUCACUCGGAAUCCUCCUCUCCACUUCAGCACACGACAAGCCAAGACCAUGGACGCACCUCGACGCACUCAAGAAACUUGCCAGCACAAUUUAUGACGAAAUCGACAUGAGAUCUAAUUCGCAGAGUGAUUUGUUGAGUGGCGACGGUGACUCGGUGAUCAGGAAUGCCGAGGAAGAGGUCUGGGAGCCUGCGAGGGCUUUCUUUGAGGAGAGAAAAGCGAAGAGGAAGGGAAAGAAGGAAACGAGGAGAGUGAAAGAGAGAAGAUGGGCCGGUUGGGACGCUGAGUUUAGUGAGCCAUCGUCAACCUCACACCAUCCAACGCUCCACCUUGCUCACCUUCUCCGCAUUCUUGGUCCCUCCUCUCUCACGCUUUACAAACAUGUGCUUGGACGCCGUCGAAUUCUCAUUUACACGCAACCUCCGGUGGAAGCGGCAUGCGUACUUUGCCAAGUCGCGGCCGAUAUGUGUUUUGAUGACCAACUGGAUAGGGAGGCAGAAGUAACACGGCACAAUUCAAGGCGCGCUUCAUACCAGAGAGACUUGGUUGAUAUGAUGGACGAUCAAAACGCUACCGGUGAAGGUGUUGAGUCGAGACAAGGACGCCCUGGGGCUCAAGAUGAAACCGAGGCAGAUGAGAACGCCGACCCAGACAUGUCGGAUUUGUAUGGAAGGAAGGGCAGACUGAGAGGGAAGCAUAAACAGGGGAUCGCGGUGUUGGGGAUGGUGACGUUACAUGAUAUAGACAGACUUAGAAAACUGGACGAAGAUGAGCCAGGGAGAGGCUGGAUUGCUUGUACAACAGAUGCGAUAUUCCACGAGAAAGCACAGCUCUACGAUCUCAUCAUCGACCUCGCACCACCAUCAUCCACACCCUCCGCCUCUCCUUACGCUCCUACCCCGUCUCCCUCAUCGCCAUCCCCUCCGAUUUACAAACCUGCUCGUCCAAUAUCUUACGUCUCGCGACCUGUAGUCUCAGUUCCCCCAGCUUCCGACGCUGCAUCCUCCUACAGCUCGUCAAACUCUUUCAAGCUCUCCGCGGUACGAUUUACCUGGUCAGACGUCAGGCUGUGGCAAGAACUCGAUCGGAUCCUCGCCCUGGACUCAUCGUACCCUCACUCACACUCGCACUCGCAUCCUCACCCGCCGAUGCCCGACUGUGCUGGCGAAAGCGGAUGGAGCGACGCUUGGAAGCUCUACGAGGAUGUGUGUCUCGUCUGCGCGGGUUUAUGGAUGGGCAUGGGCGCGUGGAAAGAUUCGCCGCUGCGCAUCGAACUCGAAGGCGAUGACGAGAUCAACGUCAACUCGGGCGCUGGUGUGGCGGUUCAGGAUGAUUCGGAUGAGGAGGUAGAGGGUGGAGCGACUGCCGCUGGUGUUGGUGGGCCGGUUGUGAGGGAACUGGGGAAUGGGAUUGAGGGGAGACCUCCGCAGGUGUCCGGGUCAGGUAUCAUGCCUGGAAGUCUGCCCGACGGCCCUAGUGUGUUAGGGAUCGGGAUGGUAAAGGUGGGAAAAGUGAGUAAGGGUAUGAGAAGAACGAGUGGGAUGAGCAUCUUCGGGAGAGACAAAGACAAGGAGAGGAAGGCGGGUGCUGCCAGUGGUAGCGGUGGUAUUGACGGUCCUGUGGUAGCGAAAAAGGAUGACCCAGAGAGGGGAAGAGAUCAGGACAGGGAGAUUUUGACGACGUUGGCGCUCCUGCAGACCUUCCAUGCAAACACGGCCUUACUGCUCUCGAAGCUUGCAACAUUCGUUCCUCCUGGCAGUCGAGUGGCGCCUCCCCCUGGUUCGUCCAAUGCUCCGCUAGGCAGGCGAGCUAGCAAGCGCGGCCGUCAAGCUGGUGGGGAUGAUGGCCGUCUUCCAGGUUCGGACGGUAGGAGGAAGGACAGAGGGAUCAAGAACGAAAAUAUGAUCGUGCUCACGCCAAAGGAUAUGUCGAGCUUCGAGCUUGGGCCUUUGAGUGGGUUGGAUGCGAAGUUCGUAGAAUGGCUGGGAGAGGAGUAUGUGGCUGAUGGGACACAGGUUGUGGUGAAGAAGGGGUGGAAGGAGGUGUUAGGGUUUGUCUUUGGAUUCUGAUCAAACAUACUAGCUCCUUGUGCCGGGCUUCCAGGGCGUCUUCGGUAUGAUUCCUUUUUGACCUUCUUCUGCUCUGUGAGGACAGUGAUAUGUGUUGUCCCUGCGCUUUGAUACGCCCAUCUCACGAAUGAUCGAUGAUCUACGACCACUGCCCAGACCUAUAGAUUCUGGGCGCGCACGCUCGUUAUGCCCCAUCCUGAACACUCUUCGAACAACCAAUUAUCGUACAUAGCUAUCACCAAAUACACUAUACUCGUCGAUACCCUCUUCGUUCAUUCACUCGUGGCCCUUUCGAGCUCUUUGGGCAAAAUUCGUCUUCUUCGUUUAUUUAUGAAUACCCGUGCUCUAUGGUUAUGCUAUGUCGCUGCCUCUUAUUUCCAGUGUUGUUGCACUCUAACCAUUUCUCGCAGACCGUGAAUAGAUUGUAAGACCUGC